AUGAACGUCCUCGUCGCUCGUACCAAUGAUGCUCUCGAAAUUAACCCUCCCGUGGGAGACUUCCACCUCGUAACCAACGGAUCCGAUUGGCUCUGGGCAGUGACUGCCAUCUAUGCUCUAUCCCUCCUUGUUGUCAUCGGCCUCACCUACUUCGCCAAGGCUGGCGAGAAGAUCUUCCACUACCUAUUUACCAUCUCCCUCUUCGUGGGAACCAUCUCCUACUUCGCCAUGGCAUCCGAUCUUGGGUCUACUCCCGUCAAGACAUCCGUCCAAGAUGAGGGACUUCGACAGAUCUUCUACGUUCGAUACAUCAACUGGUUCGUCGGCUGGACACCUCUAGUCCUAGCAGUCGGUCUCAUCUCCGGCGUCAGCUGGGCCACAAUCGUAUUCAACAUCGCCCUAACCUGGAUCUGGGUCUCCUCCUGGCUCUCCGGCGCCCUCGUAGCCACAACCUACAAAUGGGGCUUCUUCGUCUUCGGCACAUUCGCUUACUUCCUCCUCGCCGCCUCCCUCCUCACCAGCGGCCUCACCACCGCCAAGCGACUCAAUAUCACCAAGUCCUACCUCAGCAUCGCCGGCUACCUCGUCUUCUUCUGGUUCCUGUAUCCCAUCGCAUGGGGUGUCGAUGAUGGCGGGAAUGUCAUCAGUGUAACUUCUGGCUUUAUCUAUAUUGGUAUCUUGGAUCUGUUCACUGCGCCGUUCUUCGCUUUUGCGGUUUUGUUCUUGAUUACGAAGUUGGAGUAUGGCAGCUUGAAUCUGUACUUUACUCAGUAUGGACGUGUGGCACCCGCUGAGUAUCCUGAGGGACCGGUUGUUGAGAAAGUCGAUCCUACUGCCACGCCUGCUGUUGCUGAGCCAGCUCCGGCUGUGACAACCCCUGAAAACACUGUUUAG